AUGCUCUCCGCCGCUCCUCCUCCAAAGGCCCUGCUCCUCGCCGGUGCGGCCGCGGCGGUCGCCGCGCUGGUCUACCUGCGCCGCCGCCGCGCUUUGCCUCCCGCCCGGCGCGCGCGCAUCGCCGUGGUGGGCUGCGGCGGCUGGGCUCAAGGUUGGCACCUCCCAAACAUCUCGAACCGCCCCGACGCGCAGCUGGUCGCGCUGGUGGAUCCGGCCGACGAUCCAGGCGCCGGCGGCUGCCUGCACGGGCGCGUGGAGUCGAUGAGCGACCUUGCGGCCCGAUACGGCGUCCCGCGCUACAAGACGCUGCAGGCGCUGCUCGAGGAGCGGCGAGACGAGCUCGACGGCGUUCUCGUCGCGGCGCCGCACGGCCACCACUGCUCGCUGGGCCUGGCCGUUCUCGAGGCGGGCCUUCACCUCCUCCUCGAGAAGCCCAUGUGCGCCGAUCCGGGCUUCCUGGAGGCGCGCAAGGCGGUGCGGCAGGGCGUGCUCGGCGAGGUCCGCUCCGUCUCGUGCGUCUUCGCUGCGCCGCUCGGCUGGCUCUUUGAGGGCGCGGACCACGUCCGCUGGUCGCGCAGCGAGGGGAGCAUGCGUGGGAAUGGCUUCGGGUGGGGCCAGCUCUCGCACACCUUCGCGUGGGUGUUCGGCGUGACGGGGCUCACGCCCGCCACCGUCUUCGCUGCCGCGGUCCACUCCGAGAGCACCGGCGCCGACAUCCACGAUGCCCUCACCCUCACCUGCACCAACGGCGCCGUCAUCGCCGUCUGCGGCGCCGGCACCGCCCCGGACGCUGGCUUCAAGGUGGUCGCCAACUGGGCUAAGGGCGCGCGGCUGCAGGUGUGGCGGCACGACGGCGCGCACUCGGCCGGGGCGCCGUUUGCGUUCGAGUCGCUCGACCAGGCGGGGCCUGGCCCGGGAAGCCUGCACGCCUUUGUCUCCGCUUGCCGCGGGGAGGAGUACGAGGUUGGCGCCGGCCCGGUCGAGGGGCUGAAGGCGGUGGCUGCGAUCGACGCGCUCUACCGCUCGAUCCGGUCCGGAAAGCCAGAGAGCGUGGCCGGCUGCGAGGGGUUUUCUGAGAGUCGCGUCGCGGCGUAG